UUAUCGACGGCUGCGAUUUUCGGAAAACUGUAGCUCUCUCUCAAAAAUCAAAAUAUAUUUCGGUUCUCUUAUAUAUUCACCACCCUCCUCCCAUUCAUCUCUUUCUUCACUGCUACCUUCUCAGAUUGGUUUUGAUCUCGUCUGUCUUCAACGUUUCGGGAAAAUGGGAACCAGACUUAAAGCUGUUGCUGUCACCUUUUUCCUUUCAAGCCUGUUCUUUUCUCUUGCAUUUUCUGCAUCGGAUGAUGGAUUGCUAAGAAUAGGACUAAAAAAGUUGAAGUUUGAUCAAAACAAUCGACUAGCUGCUGGGCUUGAGUCUAAAGAAGCAGAAAAAUUGAGAGCUUCAAUUAGGAAGUAUAGUUUCCGAGGUAAACUUAGUGAGUCUGCAGAUACUGACAUUGUUGCGCUGAAGAACUACAUGGAUGCCCAGUAUUUUGGAGAGAUUGGUAUUGGUACUCCCCCACAGAAAUUCACUGUGAUCUUUGACACUGGUAGCUCCAAUCUGUGGGUGCCCUCCUCAAAAUGUUACUUUUCUGUUCCUUGUUUUUUCCACUCCAAGUACAAGUCCAGCCAAUCAAGUACUUACAGGAAGAAUGGAAAAUCUGCUGCUAUCCAGUAUGGGACUGGGGCUAUCUCUGGAUUUUUCAGUGAGGACAAUGUCAAAGUGGGUCACCUAGUUGUGAAGAACCAGGAAUUUAUUGAGGCAACAAGAGAACCUGGCGUUACAUUUUUGGUGGCCAAGUUUGAUGGCAUACUGGGACUUGGUUUCAAAGAGAUCUCAGUAGGAAAUGCAACUCCAGUGUGGUACAAUAUGGUCAAGCAAGGUCUUGUUAAAGAGCCUGUCUUCUCAUUUUGGCUCAACCGAAAUUUGAAGGAUGAGGAGGGUGGUGAACUAAUUUUUGGUGGAGUUGAUCCAAAUCAUUAUAUUGGUAAACAUUCAUAUGUUCCUGUAUCUCAGAAAGGGUACUGGCAGUUUGACAUGGGUGAUGUGCUCAUUGAUGGAGAAGAAAGUGGGUACUGCAGUGGUGGGUGUUCUGCAAUUGCAGACUCUGGAACUUCUCUCUUUGCGGGUCCGACGACUGUGGUGGCAAUGAUUAACCAUGCUAUUGGGGCUGCUGGAGUCGUUAGCCAAGAAUGCAAAGCUGUUGUUGAACAAUAUGGGCAAGCGAUCAUGGAACUUCUUAUGGCAGAGACUCAACCAAAGAAGGUAUGCUCCCAAGUUGGUCUAUGCACAUUUGAUGGGACCCGUGGUGUGAGUGCGGGAAUUGAGAGUGUGGUGGAUGCAAAAGAUGGAAAAUCAUCUGGUUCAAAUGACGCAAUGUGCUCUGUCUGUGAAAUGGCUGUUGUUUGGAUGCAAAAACAACUUAGGCAAAACCAAACUCAAGAUCGCAUCUUGAACUAUGUCAAUGAGCUUUGUGAGCGACUCCCAAGUCCCAUGGGAGAGUCAGCUGUUGAUUGUGCAAGCAUUUCUUCCAUGCCAACCGUCUCAUUCACAAUUGGCGGCAAAGUUUUUGAUCUCUCCCCCCAGGAGUACAUACUCAAGGUAGGUGAGGGUGCGGCAGCUCAAUGCAUAAGCGGCUUCACCGGUCUUGACAUUCCUCCACCCCGUGGACCUCUUUGGAUACUGGGAGACAUGUUUAUGGGGCGGUACCACACUGUGUUCGACUUUGGAAAAGAGAGAGUUGGAUUUGCUGAAGCUGCUUAGACGAGGUCGCUCCGCAUCAUCUCCUUAAUGUUAAUAUGGUUGUUUCUUUUUAUCCAUGAGCAGACAUCGCAUGAAUGCUUAACUUUGUAUGGGAGACUUUCUAUUCCUGUAGUGCUGGAGUUUGAUAA